CUUGAAUUAAAUGUGUUAUUUCAAAAAUGGCAACAUUAAAAUUUAGUUUAGUGUUACUUCAGUUAAUUGUGUGUUGUUUCACGAUAAUAUUUUGCAAUGAUUUACCAAAGACACCAACAAAUGAUUCUUCAGAAUCUUCUGAAUCUGAAGAAGAUAUGGAAGAAGAACGAAUUUUACAUGGAUCUUUUGCAAGACCAAAAAGUUAUCCGUACAUGGUUUCGUUACAAGAAAAGAUUCCAGUUAUUUUGGUGGUAAAACUUACGGCAAGAUUUUGCGGGGGUGUUAUUAUACAACCCAGAUGGAUAUUAACUGCUGCGCAUUGUUUUGGAAAUGUAGACAAUCUAACAAAUUUUGAAAAUGAUUUUCGUGUGAAAGCUGGCGUUAUAGAUGGAUUUUCAUAUGGAUCCACAGCCCAGACUAUUCGUGUUAAAAAAAUAAUAUUGCAUCCACGAUAUAAUUCCUUUGGAGAAUUAGAAAAUGACAUUGCAUUGUUAAUGUUAGAAAGUCCCUUAAAGUACAAUAAAUAUGUUAAACCUAUUGCAUUACCGCCAAAAGAUUAUAAAGCUAAGGGAGAUGGAACCAUUCUUGGAUGGGGUACAAUUGAUAAAGCUGAAAAAAUUCAAUCAAAAGUUCUACGCUACGCAACCUUACCAGUAUCAAAACGAAAACAUUGUCGUAAAUAUUUCGAUAGUAUUACCAAGAGUCAAUUAUGUCUUGGAUAUGGUACUAAAGAAAACGCCUGUGCUGGAGAUUCGGGAGGACCUUUUGUUCAAACUAUUAAAGGAAAGCCAGCAGUAGUUGGAGUAACAUCUUUUGGAACAGUUGGUUGUAAUGAAAAUGAUCCCAUUGUUUACACAAAUGUUGCAUCAUAUUUGAAAUUUAUAAAGGAUACAAUCGAAGCAAAUUCAGAUAAAAAUAUUGUUAAACCAUAUACAUUGAACGACACAAAUUUGAAAACUGUUAUGGAACAUCCAUAUUUGGCAGCAAUUAUGGAAUUGAAUGCUGAAGAUAAUAGUUAUGAGAAAAUUUGUACGGGUGCGAUUAUAGAAAGUCAAAUUGUAUUAACAACUGCUGAUUGUUUUGAUAAUCGUGAAGGAGAAUUUGCCGAAAACAUUCGAGUUAAAGUUGGAACUAGUGAAAUUGAUAAUCCAACCAAAGGAGAAUUGUUUGAAGUAGAAAAUAUUCGAAGACAUCGUUCCUAUAACAUAAGUGACAUCAAUAUGAAAAAUAAUAUAGCAGUGAUGCAACUAAAAUCACGCCUGAAAUUUUCCAAGAAUGUUGGCAAAGCAAGUUUACCAUCGACCGAUUAUGAUCUGAAAAGUAUACAAGGAGAAAUUAUUGGUUGGGAUGUAAAUAAUUCAACACAAUCCCAUGAAUUGGUUAUUUCAAAUGUACAAAAUGGAAAUGCUGCAACAUGUAAACAACUAUAUCCAAAUGCAACCGAUUCUGAGAUUUGUGUAAAACGUUCGAACACCGAGUGCAACCAAGAGUCUGGUAGUCCAUUAAUUGUCAAAGCGAAAAAUGGAUUCUUUGUGGUUGGAUUGAAUUCAAUUUUUACUAGAAACUGUGAAAAUAAUCAACCAUUUUUAGUUGCGAAUGUUUUACAUUACAAAAAGUUUAUUGAUGAUAUAAAAAGUCCAUUUAAGGAUGACUAACUUUUCACGGAAAAAAGAUCAUCAAAUGAAUGUUUUUUGGCUCAAAUAAGGACAUCUUAUGAUUAAAUUUGUCCUUAUCUUUAAGAUAAUGUUAAAGUAUUAACUUUAUAUUAGUGCUUUUCCAAGCAAAUUUUUAGAUUAGCUUUUCUUAAGCAAAACGUUUUCACAUGUAAAAUUUGUUCUUUAAAAUUUCUAUAUUUUCCUACCCGCCAGUAGUUCCGAAGAAGAAUAUUUCCAGACAAAUUUUAAUUUCACCAAAAUGUUUGUUUUAUCGAACCCUAUUAGCCUUUGGUUUAUUCACUAUUUAUUUUGAUACACCGGAUAUUUUUACAUAGAUUUUUGGUCGAAAUUCAUACAAUUUGUAUUUCAAGAAAACGUUAUUGUUGAUUAUAUUGUAGCAAAUUUUCUUUUCUAAAAUUUUCCUUGCUAUAAAAAUUUCAAUUUGACUAAUUAAAAGAGAUGCCUGCAAAAUUACAAACGAUAAUUAACGAUAUAUAAUUGCUGGCAUUCAUUUCUCAACGCAUUCAAAAAAUAAAGAUAUGUCCUUAUUUGAAUCGAAUAUCUUUCAUUUGAACUAUUUGAUGGAAAAACUUUAUUUUUCGUCGUGUUUACUUACAUGCUGGAUUAAAAAAUAGAUUGUAUAGCAAAUAUAAAUAUUUAAUAAAGUUUUCCUUUUAUAAAA